CAGAUUGUUUGAUCACAAUUCUUUUUCUCUGAAUACCCUGCAUCAGAUACCCAUGAUUAUAAAAAUUCAGAGCAUCAUAUACUUCCCAAACAAAAAUGCCCAAAUGGGGGGAUGCAACUGACUAGGAAGUAGGAAAUGGUUACCAGUAACAGAUAGGUUGGGGUGUUCGGUGUGAGAUAGGAAGCGGGGCCCAGUGAAGCUGACAAGAUUGAAGAAAAAAUCUUUUCUCCUUUGCCGUACAAAAUUCAUGGUUUUAUUACUUUGCAGUAUCCUUUCUCAUCUUCUUUCUGUUCGCUGAUAGUAAUGUAUGUCCAGUCUCUAAAGCAACCAAUCGAGUAUUUUGCCUCUGGUUAAAAACAAAAAGUUGCCCAGCCAUAAAAAAUGAGUUAGGACACCUGUAAGCUUUUUUCUAAUAAUAAUAGUAUUACUUGGAGGUGCUGUUGUUCAUAAUUCACCAAAUUCCAUGUUACUUCAGUCCAAAGUAGUAGAUCCGAGAAAAAAGGUGUGGGAUGAUUGAGCUUGUGUGGUGGUAAAACACAGAAGUAGCAAUGGGGGACAAGGCAGGCACUUUGGAGGCCAUCAACAAAGAAGCUGUAGAUUUGGAAAACAUUCCCAUCGAGGAAGUAUUCGAGAAUCUAAGAUGCAGCAAGGAGGGUUUGAGCAGCGAAGCUGCUCAGGAGAGGCUUACUAUAUUUGGCUACAACAAGCUAGAAGAGAAAAAGGAAAGCAAAUUCCUAAAGUUCUUGGGGUUUAUGUGGAACCCUUUAUCAUGGGUCAUGGAAGCAGCGGCCAUCAUGGCUAUUGCCUUGGCAAAUGGAGGAGGCAAGCCUCCUGACUGGCAGGAUUUUGUAGGUAUAAUAACAUUGCUUGUUGUUAACUCCACAAUAAGUUUCAUUGAAGAAAACAAUGCAGGCAAUGCUGCUGCAGCACUGAUGGCUCGGUUGGCUCCUAAGGCCAAAGUCCUCAGAGAUGGACAGUGGCGUGAAGAGGAUGCAGCCAUACUUGUUCCUGGUGACAUAAUUAGCAUUAAACUUGGAGACAUUGUUCCUGCAGAUGCUCGUCUUCUGGAGGGAGACCCGUUAAAAAUUGACCAGUCUGCCCUUACUGGCGAGUCUUUGCCCGUAACCAAGGGUCCUGGUGAUGGAGUUUAUUCUGGAUCCACUUGCAAGCAAGGCGAAAUUGAAGCUGUUGUCAUCGCCACAGGAGUUCAUACCUUUUUUGGAAAAGCAGCCCAUCUCGUGGACUCUACAAACCAAGUCGGUCAUUUCCAAAAGGUUCUGACAGCAAUUGGGAAUUUUUGCAUCUGCUCAAUUGCCAUUGGCAUGAUAGUUGAGAUUAUUGUCAUGUACCCUAUUCAAGAUCGCAAAUAUCGUCCUGGAAUUGACAAUCUUCUGGUACUCCUAAUUGGUGGGAUUCCAAUAGCAAUGCCCACAGUUCUUUCUGUGACAAUGGCUAUUGGAUCUCAUCGGCUAUCUCAACAGGGUGCAAUUACAAAACGGAUGACAGCUAUUGAAGAAAUGGCUGGAAUGGAUGUGCUCUGCAGUGACAAGACUGGAACAUUAACUCUGAACAAGCUUACUGUGGAUAAAAACCUUAUUGAGGUGUUUGCCAAAGGAGUUGACAAGGAUACAGUUGUCUUGAUGGCUGCAAGAGCAUCCAGAACAGAAAACCAAGAUGCCAUUGAUGCUGCAAUUGUUGGGAUGCUUGCCGACCCCAAGGAGGCUCGGGCAGGCAUUCAAGAAGUUCAUUUCCUUCCCUUUAAUCCGACUGACAAGAGGACUGCUCUUACUUAUAUUGAUGCUGAUGGAAAAAUGCAUCGUGUCAGUAAAGGUGCACCAGAGCAGAUUCUCAACCUUGCACAUAAUAAGUCAGAUAUUGAGCGCCGUGUUCAUACAGUUAUUGACAAGUUUGCUGAACGUGGACUUCGAUCUCUUGCAGUUGCCUAUCAGGAAGUUCCAGAGGGCAAGAAGGAUAGUCCUGGAGGGCCCUGGCAGUUUAUUGGACUGAUGCCUCUUUUUGAUCCUCCCCGUCAUGACAGUGCUGAAACUAUUCGAAGGGCUCUUAAUCUUGGUGUGAAUGUGAAAAUGAUUACAGGUGAUCAAUUAGCUAUUGGCAAAGAGACAGGCCGGCGGCUGGGUAUGGGUACAAACAUGUAUCCAUCAUCAUCAUUGCUGGGGCAGGCUAAGGAUCAAUCAAUUGCAGCUUUACCAGUUGACGAUUUAAUAGAAAAGGCUGAUGGCUUUGCUGGUGUUUUCCCAGAGCAUAAGUAUGAAAUUGUGAAGCGAUUGCAGGCCCGGAAGCAUAUAUGUGGAAUGACUGGGGAUGGUGUUAAUGAUGCACCUGCAUUAAAAAGGGCAGAUAUAGGAAUUGCUGUUGCAGAUGCAACUGAUGCAGCAAGAAGUGCUUCUGACAUAGUUCUUACAGAGCCAGGUCUCAGUGUUAUCAUCAGUGCAGUGUUGACAAGUCGUGCAAUCUUUCAGAGAAUGAAGAAUUAUACUAUAUAUGCAGUGUCGAUCACAAUACGUAUUGUGUUGGGCUUUAUGCUUUUGGCUUUAAUCUGGAGGUUUGACUUCCCGCCAUUUAUGGUACUUGUAAUUGCUAUAUUGAAUGAUGGUACUAUAAUGACUAUUUCCAAAGAUAGGGUUAAACCAUCACCUCUACCAGACAGCUGGAAGCUUUCAGAGAUUUUUGCAACUGGGGUUAUCAUUGGCAGUUACCUUGCAUUGAUGACCGUAAUAUUUUUCUGGGCUGCUUACAAGACAGAUUUCUUUCCGCGAACAUUUGGUGUUGAAAGUCUUCAUAAAAAAGAUCAAGAAGACACAAAAAAACUGAGUGCAGCAGUUUACCUGCAAGUUAGUACAAUCAGUCAGGCGCUUAUAUUUGUGACUCGUUCUCGAAGCUGGUCUUUUGUAGAGCGGCCUGGUCUCUUGCUUGUAUUUGCAUUUUGUGUUGCUCAAUUGAUUGCAACCAUAAUUGCAGUUUAUGCAAACUGGGGAUUUGCUGCAAUAAAAGGCAUGGGCUGGGGUUGGGCUGGUGUUGUGUGGCUUUACAAUAUAAUCUUUUACUUUCCCCUUGAUAUCAUAAAAUUCUUUAUACGAUACGCAUUGAGUGGGAAGGCCUGGGAUCUUGUUAUUGAACAAAGGACUGCAUUUACGAGGCAAAAGGACUUUGGUAAAGAGGCACGAGAGCUUAAAUGGGCACAUGCUCAGAGGACAUUGCAUGGUUUGCAUCCUCCAGAUACAAAAAUGUUCAGUGAGAGAAGCAACUUUACUGAUCUUAAUCAAAUGGCUGAGGAGGCUAAAAGACGUGCCGAGAUUGCAAGGCUGAGAGAGCUACAUACUUUGAAAGGACAUGUAGAAUCCGUUGUGAGGCUUAAGGGCUUGGAUAUAGAUACAAUUCAGCAGGCAUAUACUGUUUGAAUUGAUGUAUCUUCUUACUAUCAGCUUGCUAUGGCGAUUCAGACACAAUUCUAUCUUUCAACACUUAUUGUAAUGUGAUUAAAAUAUUGGUGUUAUACACUAGUUAGUGAUGUUUCUUGUUAAGAGUUGAAAGGCUGUUAAUUUAACCGUUGGCAAAAGACCCUAAGGUUUUACCAUUUCUAGAGACAUUGAAUAGCACCAUUUGACUGAACUGUCAGACUUUCAAAAUUCAGAUAGGUUUUGUAGAUGUAGAAAAUCAGACUUCUAGUAUUGUUGGUUUUUAGUGUGGUUAUAGCUGUUUUAUUGAAACAAAGUUGGUUCAAGGAAAUUCAAGUUCUUUAUCUCGAUUUACCUUGAAAAUUUUGGUCUAAGGUGUUAUGUAUGUCCUCGUUCACAGCUCAGGUAUUGUUGUGAACUUGUGAUGUUUUCAAUAGUCCUCUCUCUGUAACUUUGGCCUUGGUCCCAAAAUUUAUUGAUCUUCUUAUUCAAAGGGAAAUAUCCCACCUCA